AUGGCUAUUGCCGAAAGCAGAUCACCGGUAACUUCACGCUCUAAUACCGUGUUAUGGAAUGCGAUGAUCCACCCGUUCUUAAAAUCUACAAUAUAUGGAGCACUUUGGUAUCAAGGAGAAGCUAACUAUGGAAACGCGUUUGAUUACUCAUGUAGAUUUCCAGCAAUGAUAGACGACUGGCGCUCCAAGUUCCAUUCUGCUUCUCUGCAGACCGUAGAUGCCAUGUUUCCAUUUGGAUUUGUCCAGUUAGCACCGAAUAGAAAAACGUCUGAAGUAGGUACCUUUCCACAAGUCCGCUGGGCACAGACAGCCAAUCAUGGGAAAGUUCCAAACAAUCGAUUAAAAAAUGUCUUUAUGGCUGUUGCAUUAGACCUUCCAGAUUAUGCAUCACCACGUGGGACCAUUCACCCUCGUCUGAAGCAUGAUGUAGCAGCUCGUUUAGUUUUAGGAGCUUUAGCGGUUGCUUAUAAAAGAAGUGGAAUUGAUUAUCAGGGGCCGUAUCCCUCAUCAUAUACCUUGCAUCGUCAUAGCAAUACUCUUAUUAUAGAAUACGACAAUGGAAGAUCACCCAUUGAUGUAAGGAGCUCAACAGGAUUUCAAAUAUGCUGUACAACAAGACAUAAAGUUUGUCAUGCGUAUGCAGAGGAUAAUGGUUGGAUCAAUGCACCAAUUAAGAGUCAUGAUACAUCAAGUAUAACUUUGGAUACAUCAAAAUGCAGCCUGAGUCAUCAUUCUAUUGGUGGUUUGCGAUAUGAAUGGAGUGAAAGUCCGUGUGAUUUUAAGCAAUGUGCUAUCUAUGGGGCAUCAAACUACCUUCCCUCUCCACCUUUUAUUGUAACAAGACUUUUUCAAUAA